AUGUUGAACAUGGGAGAUCAGAAGCAGCCGAAAAUGGUCCCAAAGUGCACCUCCUUCAGCAUCAAGAGCUUGCUGCUCCCUGAAGCGGUUCAGCAGCAGCAGCAGCAGCAGCAGCAGCAGCAGCACAGCGACACCGAGCUCAAAGCUGACUUUAAAUACCAGGACAGCCCGGAGACACAGCUCGCCCCUGCUGUGGAGGAGGAAGAGGACGAGGAGCACAAAAAAGACGAGAAGAAACACGGCAAGUACGACAAGCCACCGUUCAGCUACAAUGCCCUCAUCAUGAUGGCAAUCCGGCAGAGCCCAGACAAGAGGCUCACCCUGAACGGUAUCUACGAAUUUAUCAUGAAGAAUUUCCCUUACUACCGGGACAACAAGCAGGGCUGGCAGAACUCCAUCCGCCACAACCUCAGCCUUAAUAAGUGCUUCGUCAAGGUGCCCCGGCACUACGAUGACCCGGGCAAAGGCAACUACUGGAUGUUGGACCCGUCCAGCGACGAUGUGUUCAUCGGCGGAACCACGGGCAAACUGCGGCGGAGAUCGGCCACCUCAAGGGGCAAGCUGGCUUUCAAAAGAGGGCUCCGCCUCUCUCCGUCUGGCCUCGGCUUGAUGGACCGGGGUAACCCUUUGUAUUGGCCUCUGUCCCCCUUCCUGUCCCUGCACCAUCCCCAUAACAGCCUCAACUACAGCAGCGCUGCCUCGAGUUUCCUGAACCAAGCUCCCACUUACAGCUCCUUGCUUUCCGGUUGUGGGGCUGGCGUCGAUCAGAUGUCCAGCGGAGACCUCUCUCACCCAUUGUUAAGGGGAUCCGUACAGUGUGGUUUGACCAACGGAUACACGGUGAACCCUUGCUCUGUGAGCUUGCUGUCGGGCCAGACCGGCUACUUCUUCCCGUCCCUGCAUCACUCGCAGUCAGUGCAACACCAGAACGGAACCGGCAUGGGCAACCCGGGCGCCACUUCCAGCUCUCCCCCAGCAGCUUCGCCCCUCAUCACCGAGACCCUCAGACCGUCUCUGUCCACUUUCCCGUCCGGACUCGCCGCUGGAUUUACCAGCUACCUGUCACAGCAGAACGGAGGGGCUGCUGGCAAUUCGUUUUUGCACUGA